AUGCGGAUCCUAAUAGCGAUCGCUGCCUUGACAGUAUUUUCCUGUGUGACUGCUGACAGCUACGGUGGUGGAUAUGGCGGAGGUUAUGGCGGCGGGGGUUACGGCGGCGGCGGGGGUUACGGCGGCGGGGGUUACGGCGGCGUGUAUUCCGCCAUGGGUGGAUAUUCCGGCGGGGGAUACGGAGGUUAUAGUGGAUAUGGCGGUGGUGGUGGAGGAAAUGGCGGAAGUGGAUACGGUAAAGGACGCAGAGGAGGGGGUGCCUUAUACAUACCUUAUUACUACUCCAACCCUGUUCCUUACCCUGUCCCUGUAGGUGGUGGUGGUGGAGGGGCAGGCGUUCCGACUCCCCUGCCAUCCUUACCGAACCCCGUCCCCCUAAACUUGGGAACUGGAAUUCGUCAGCAAACGCAGCAAAACCAGAACGGGUGGAUUGCCGCGUUGUUGGGAGGUCUUCUAUUAUACUGGCUUUACCAACGGAACAACACCAGCACCACCACCACUGGAUAAACCAGAAGGGUUUCUGUCUUUUAUCGCUGUAAGUCGCCAUUUCAAAGGUGUAUUCUUAUAAUGAUAGAACAGUGCCUACCCUACUUACCGUAGAUGAAAAGUGUGUAUUUCUCAUGAAUAUAUAAAUAAAUUUUAAAUAGAGAUGAAGAACCGGCACAGACUACACAGCGUAUAUUCAGCCAAAAUGAGAUACUAAUUACCAUUUUACUUCACAGAUUGUUCAUCAC